CCACUGACGAACACACACUCAGUUAAACAACAGCUGAUCACAUCGAGAGCUUCAUACUGUAUGUAUCGAGGAUUAAGAAGAAAGACGUUAUAGUGCAAUCUUGAUAACUUUUCACUCAUCGUAUGGUUGUUUCUUCUUCUACUCAUGAUAUACGGAUAGAGAAGUAUUGGAUCACCAUGGCUACAUUGCAGAGAGGGAGUUUAAAGAGAAAAUGUGAUGAAGACGAUGCCAUUUACUCUUCAUCUUCCCCCUCAUCACACUCUGAAUGGGACUCUGAUGAAGACGGCAUCAGUGAUGCAGUUGACUAUGGGCACACUGUCCCUUUUCCUCCCUGCCAUCACAAGCCAAUUUCACCCAUCCUGAAGAAGACGACAGAGACUCGAAAUAAAGGCAAUGUUCGGUUCGGCCUGGUUACAGUGUUCCUCUUUCAGCGGUGUCAAGGGUUUAGCAGUGUGCCGAGUCAUGGUGGCUGCACACUGGGCAUGGUCAGAUGGCACACAACCUGCCAGCAGUUCACCUUGGCAGAACAUGCGGUGGAGCAGCAGCGCUUGCGAAUGGAGAGACUCCGUGAGCGGCAUCAAGAGGAGAGACUUGAGGCCUUGAGACAGAAGAUGAUCAUCAGUGGAACUCUAACUGUGGCAGAAGCGGCUACUUUGACAUUGAGCGAUGUUGCAGACGAGGAUGUUGAUCUUACAAAUAUAAAGGAUGAUGGAUCGCUCCGUCCUUACUCUUCCAAACGCAGACGUGCGUUGUUGAGAUCUGCUGGCGUGGUACGAAUCGACCGGGAGGAGAAGAAGCAGCUGCAGGAGCUACGGCAAUCGCGGAAAGACUGCGGCUGCCACUGCCAAGGCUUCUGUGAGCCGGAGACCUGUGCCUGCAGCCAGGCUGGCAUCAAGUGCCAGAUGGAUCGCGGCAACUUUCCAUGUGGCUGUUCCAAGGAAGGCUGUGGGAAUCCUUUGGGGCGGAUUGAAUUUAACUCCAGUCGUGUAAGGAGCCACUAUAUCCAUACACACAUGAAGCUGAAGCUGGAAAAGAGACUGCUGGAUGAGAACUUCAACCAAAAACGCGUAAUCGUCACUGAGCUGCCAUCAACAGAGGAAAACAGACCUGGUACGUUUCCUAAGGAAAACAACUCUGGCCCAUUCGCUUCUUUGUCACCUGGUCCAGCUUUCCACCUGAGCUCUGAGCUUUGCAGGGAGGGAGACAACAGCUGUAGCAGUGACAUGACUGACACCUCAUACUCUUCUUCUCUGAACCUGGACUCUGAAGCCGAUGAAUGUCCUUCCUCAGGGCAUCCACCCACACAAGAUGUGGACAACAAAGGGUUGGCUUAUGUUCUCAGCUUUGAGGAUUCUGAUGAGGACGGAUGCCCAUACAUCAAAGAGUAUGAUCGCCUUAAUAUGCAUUUGCCAAUGAACCAUGAUCCUUCAACAGAAGCUGCUGAAAGCAUUACGGGCCUAUCCACAACAGAUAAUGCACAGUCUGAAAGCAACCUCAGUACGUCUCCAUUAGAGUAUCUGGAUGAAAAUGCUAAUCAGACCAUCAUGGACUGUGUGAAUGAUCUCUAUGAUAUCCCUCAUACACCUUCCCCAUCUACUGAUCAUAACUUGAACUGUUACAUGGACCUUAGUCUGUCCUCAGACUCUGAUCUGGUCUUUUUUGACAGUUUUUACGAGUAUGGUCCAAGCAUAAGUCACAGCAAUUUUAAAGUAUACGGUCAUAUGGGGUACAUCUCGCAUCUCCAGUUUCCCAGCUGUUCCAGCCCUGCCCAAAUAGAGGACUCAGGUUUAAGUCUUCUGGAAUCUUUUGUAGGGAUUUCUUAAUAUCCGUCAAAAAGCUCAAUAUUUGUACUGAGACAAACAGCUUAAAUGAGUCUUGUUCAUUUGCAAUUUGAAUAUAUUUUCUAUGAAAGAGAAUGUAAAUAGUUUAUGAAUGUAAGGAUAUUCCUUAAAAUAUAUUUUGAUUUUAAUUUAUUCUGUAACAAUUCAUGACCACAGUAAAUACAGUUUGAAAACCACUUAUUUAAAUCAGCGUGAAUUAUCAUUUCAGGUCAGAUUUAUAUUUAUACUGUAUAAACUAAAGGCUUUCUGGUGUUUUUUAGAGCAGUAAAUUUAUUUUUAAAUGUAUGUUUCAAAUUAGUUUUCUUUUAGGGACCAACCUUAAUAAUAACUCUUAUUAUGCCUUAUUGUUUUUGUUUCAAUUCAGAAAUUAUAUUUAUCAAGGCAACAUUUGCUUUGAGAAAAUGUUA